GAAGAAAAAUCAACAAAUGAUGAUCUUAAAUUAUCUGAAGAUGAAGACGAAAUAGCUGAUGAUAAAUCUAAAACUACAACAAAAAAAGGACCCACAAAACGAUCUGCACCAGCAUCUGGAAAGAAAACAACUAUUUCAUCAACGAAAAAGAAGGGCCAAACUGAUGAACCAUUUGAAGAUCGUACAAAUGACGAAGAAAUUGAAAAUAAUACUGAUGAAGAUGUUACACCAGCUAAACAACCAAAAAAAGGUCGUUCAGCUGAUAAAGCUCCAACAUCAACUAGCAAAACUGCUGCUAAUCGUAGUGGUAAGAAAACUAAAGCCACAUAA